UCAAGAUGGGAGGAGCCUGUGAGCGCUGGGGAGGAUAAUGACGAGUUGAUUGACAACCUGAAGGAGGCGCACUACAUCCAUUCGGACCUGGUGGAGCGGGCCUUCAGGGCCAUCGACCGGGCCGACUACUAUCUGGAGGACUACCGUGACAGCGCCUACAAGGACCUGGCCUGGAGGCACGGCAACAUCCACCUAUCAGCCCCCUGUAUCUACUCUGAGGUGAUGGAGGCCCUGGACCUUCACCCUGGCCUGUCCUUCCUCAACCUGGGCAGUGGGACCGGGUACCUCAGCACCAUGGCGGGCCUCAUACUGGGUGUGUUACAGUAGCAGACGGUACAACCUCUCUGGGCCUUGUUGGGUCUGGAAACAGGGGGAAAUCAGUAGGACAACUGAUUGGAAACGUUUAUUGAAAUGCAUUGUGGGUGUUUGUUCUGUUGUAAUCCUGGUUCCAGGUCCAUUUGGUGUGAACCACGGGGUGGAGUUAUAUACUGAUGUGAUUGAGUAUGCCUACCAGAAGCUAGACUACUUCAUCAAAACCAGCGAAAGCUUUGACAAGUGAGACACUUUACCUCCGAUUGCCUUUCCAGUCUACGGCAGCCUUGAAGUUCUCUCUGUCAGUAGACAUCGGUGGCUAGUUAAAUAUCAGGUUGGAGGUUGCAUGUGUAGCCUGUAUGUAGAUUAUUUUUGUCUUUUGUUUUAUGUUGUAUUUGUGUUUUUUAGGUUUGAGUUCUGCGAGCCUUCCUUUGUGGCGGGGAACUGCCUGGAGAUCCCCCCUGAGAGCAGGCAGUAUGACAGGGUGUACUGUGGGGCGGGGGUGCAGAGAGACCAUGAAGAAUUCAUGAAGAACCUGCUGAAGGUGGGGGGUAUCCUGGUACUGCCCCUAGAAGAGAAGGUGUGUGUGUACACUCACACUAACUAGGCUUCCAUCCAACCUUUUUAUGCGAGUAAAGCACAGCGAUAAGUAAAAUGUCAUGACAGGCCAGAUGGAAACAGCAAAUUUGUCGGAAAACUUUCCAAAUGUCAACGAAAUAUACACAGUCAAUUCAAAUAAUCAACUCAUCAUCAAGCUUUGAUUAUUUCAAUCAACUGUGUAGUGCUAGGGCAAAAAAACACAAUGUGCACCCAGGGCAGGGCCCCAGGACCGUGUUUGGGAAUCCCUGCCCUGAUGUACCCUCUUCUUCUGCUCUUUCUAGCUGACCAAGAUCAGGCGUACAGGCCAGAGCAGCUGGGAGACUAAAAAGAUAAUCGCCGUGUCCUUCGCUCCACUGGCACUGCCCCAACAUAACACCAAUGGCGAACCCAAGGCAGUCCCACUACGUGAGUGCCUUGUCAGUUUGGGAUCACACAUGGAAGUCACAAGUUGAGUGACGACACUAUAGAACAACCAGAACUAUUCAUCACCAUCCAAAGCAUUUCUCACGUUAUCCGUUUUCUAAUCAUUCUGUCUCCUUUCUGAUCUCUGAUCUCUCUGGUGACCCACGGAGCAGCCAUGUUUGAGGUGCGGACGCUGCAGGAGCUGGCUCGUAUAGCCAUCCGCCACACCCUCAGAGUGACCACGGACAGCAGGGAGGGUCACCCACGGGGCCGGGGCUCUUUUGGAGGAGGCAGGGGCCUGGCGGUCAGUGGGCUCCACAAGUACGGCCCACGUUUUAAACGCCGGCGCGUUCACCGCCGCCACUGCACCUCUGUAGUACUGGCUAACAAGCACGUGGUGAGCAGUGCCCUCCCUACCCCCGCUCCCCUGGACAACAACAAUAACCACAGGGGGGAGGAGGAGGCGCAGCGAAGGGCAGCCCGGGGGGCGGGAGAGGAGGAGGAGGAGGAAGCAGAGAAGGAGUCAGUGGAGCUACUCCGGGCAGAGCCACCUAUAAACAUCCUGAGAGAGAGGAUUCUCUGUCUGCCCCUCCCGGAGCCUCUGAAGAUGUACCUGCUGUACUGUCGGGAGAAAUGA